UUUACGUCGGAUCGGCGCUGGGUAUCACCAGCUACGCGUGAUACAUGCCACUGAACAGUCAGAAGCUUCGUUCGGUCGACCGUCGUUCAUCCGUCUCGUUCGGGAUUCGCGGGCUUUCAUGUUCAGUGCGGUUACUUUAAACUCGCGAUCGCGUGUCAGAUGAUAUUUUCAACCGCGAGUUCUCGCGGUCUUCUCACAGGCGUAUUCUCAGCGGAACACGCGUCUCUCGCGUUCGCCUGCCCACGGGAACGCCACGGAUUAAGCAAGAAGAGCGAGAAACCGCGGAGAAGCAUGGCGAGAAUCUCGGUGGAAAGGCACGCGAUGGGAGAACGGAGAGAUUAAACGCGAAUCUUCAAGUCGGAUCAGCAUUCCUCGCAAUCGGAGUGACAGAAGAAGCGAGCAUCUCUUCGUAAACUCAGGCAUUUAAAUCUGAGAAUUUUUGGAGUAUUUCAAGCAAUUUGACGGUACCUAGUUGAGAAUUUGCCGAGGAAUAUAUUUUGGAGCUUAGGCCGAUGUAAAUGUUUAAUCGGUAAAUAGCUUCAUGAAACAAAAUUAAUUUUAGUUUUUUAAUUAUAAUCGGCCGCGGAUUCUAUGUGGAUUCAGCAAUACGAGCAGUUUGGUCGGUUCUACAAAAAGGCAUUCCUUACGUCGACAAAAAGUCUCAAGGACAGAAAGCGAAAGUGUGCGAUUCCACCAACCACAUUUCGGCACCGGUAUAGAACGCGUGCUCUAAACACAAGAAAUCACGUUGUCGAUCCUACUCGUCCCGCGAAAAUUAUUACAUAUAUCAUUGAAAAAACGAUGCAUUUUUUAACAAUAGUCUCAACGACUAAUCCGGUUUUUAUAUGCCAAGGAAAACACGUGCUUCGCGGCGCUGCAUUAUUUUACAUUUUUAUUAUUGGCUAUUUUAUUUUACAUAUUCAUGUCUCGACCAUACCUCUGCUAUUCUAGAAAGAUAACGUUUCCAUUUGAAGCUUAUUUGUUUCGCUGAUUAAAUGCCGUAUGAAUAUUUGGGAUGUGUAUUUAGAAAUCAAUAUUAUUAUUUCGAAUUCCGAAUAUUAUUUUGAACGUCCUUCUUACAAGUUAUCCUUGAUAAAUGUAUUGAAAGAUUUUUCAAUUUUUGAAAAUAAAACGACGAUGUUUGGUCGCACAAAAUGUUGAACUAAACGGAUAAUAAUUUAUUGUAAUUAAAUAUAUGUGAUGUGUUUAGAGUGCAGGCGACUCCGAUUCGCGCGUGUUGGUUCAGCAAAAUAUAACUCGGUGAUAACUAUAUCGUGUAGCACAGCGCGAUUACUGUAUGGAUGUUCUUCGCAUGAUAACAGUGACCGCGUCAAAUAAAUCAUGCGAGUGCGAUGACGUUAAUUGGAAAAUCUCUUUUUGGGAAAUUCUGUUAAACGCAAGAUUCUUUCAUUAAAAAAGGAACGGUGCAGCACAGAGCGAAGGUCGACUAUGGAUCUUCGUAUCUCUUGUUGGCUCAUUUUCUCUCUCGUCACAGCUUUCGUAAAUAGCUACGAAUAUAUCAGUGCUGCUAACAAGUGGACGUUGUGCUUAGUCGAUAGUGUACAUACUACACCAAGAAUUCUUUCACUCUGCCCGAAACUGGCUAAGAGUCCGAUAGAAUGUGUCACAGAAACUGAUAGAUUUGCUUGUUUACGUCGAGUAGCCAAUGGUGACGUCGAUGUCACCGUAUUGGAGCCAGAAGAACUCGUGGCGAUAAGAAACUACAAACUAUACAGUGUUCUAGUCACGAAUGAAUUAAGACUCUUCCCAGACGAUGAUCAUCGUUUUCAAAUAGUGGCCAUAGCGCACAAAAAUGUGCAACGCAUAUGGGACGUUAAGGGCAAGCGAUUGUGUCAUCCCGGUUUAGAUAAUACGGAUGAUAUGACUAAAAUUUUCUCGACGUACUUCGAGAAUCUAAUAAUUAAAAAAGAAUGCGACGCAAACAUGACGCUGUUCGAGAACAGAAUGCAUGCUCUGUCCAACUACUUCGAAACGGCUUGCAUCGCUGGUCCUUGGUCAGCAGACACAGUAUUUGAUUAUCAGUUGAAAACGAAAUACAGGAAUCUAUGCGCAGCUUGCGAGAGACCAGCUAGCUGUUACAACAGCGACAAGUAUUACGGACGGGAGGGUGCCCUAUUGUGCCUCACCGAUGGCAUGGGUGACGUUGCCUGGGUCAGAUUGGGCGACGCUCGCGUACACUUCAAGAUGAUCGACGUGCAAGAUUACAAGUUUCUAUGCCCGGACGGCACCACGAAACCGCUCAAUUUCAAGGAACCUUGCGUCUGGAUAUCAAAACCGUGGCCGGUCAUCGUAGCUAAACCAUCGAAUGCCGAAAAUAUCGCCCACAUUAUGAAUUCGAUGAUGAACAGAACGUUCAGUUGGGAAUCGAACGUCUUGCAGCUGAUGGAGAACUAUUACAUCACCUCGACUGACGUGAAAGAACUACAAACGCCCGACGACUAUUUACAUCGAUAUCCAAAUUUCCUGAGUGCCAACGUUCGAACGGGCUGUCAGCCAUCAAGAGAAAUACGUUGGUGUCUGGUAUCCAGUCUCGAGAAGCGUAAAUGCAGCUGGCUAAGAGACGCUUCUGUUGUUUACGGCGUGGAACCGUUGAUCUCCUGCCUUGAGGAAGAAAGCAGAGAAGCAUGCGUGGAGGCCAUACGGAAAGGAAGGAUGGACAUUUUCUUGGCGCGACCCGACGAGCUUUUCGAGAACAGAAUGAUGGGUCUGAAGCCUAUUAUCCACGCGAUGGCGAACAGCCGGCAAGAAUUAAACAGGAUCGUGGCGGUUGUCAAGAGAAAUUCCAGAUUCAGAGUUAUGAAGGAUCUCAAAGGUGCCAAGGCGGCCUUCACGGGCUACAGAAGCGUCGGUUGGAACGCAUUUGUAACGUUAAUGAGGAACGAGUCGGACGGAAAUUGGGAUUGCUCGGACGCGCAGGCCGUUUCGAAAUUCUUCAAAGAUAGCUGUGUCCUCGGUUGGAACAACAAAAAUAAUGGCAACGAGCUCCCGGCCAAUUUAUACUCGUUAUGCAAAGAAGGUGCGGAGCAUGCGGGCGACGAUCUAAGUACCUUUAACUACUUGGCUUCUGGUGUUGUCGACGUUGCUUUCGUCAAUCUGAAGAUCAUAGAAAACAAAACGGAAGCCGGUGAUUUUUAUUACGAGAAAAUUGAUACCAAGUAUACAAAUCGGUUGCCCAAGUACAGAGUAUUAGGCCCGACCUUGGCAGAAGCUAUAAAAAGAGUACCAUAUUUGCUCGCAUGGACGCCUCUCGGCUCGAUAAUGGCGCACGAGAAUAUCACGGAUCUGAGACGCCAGGAAAUCUAUACGAUGUUGCUUGAAAUGGAUAAGAUAUUUGGAAGGAAAUUCAACGGACAGGCACCCACAUUCUUGUUAUACGGACCUUACGAGGAUAAUCACGGUGUUAUCUUUCCCGAUGGCACACGCUACUUACAGUUACACGGUCAUCAGACAUUAAAGGGACGUAGUUACGACGAAAUCGUGGAAGAGCUCGUGCAACAAGAAGCUUGCAGUACUGCUAAUGCAUGGAUGUCUGAUUCAGAAGUUCUUUUCCUAUCCAUUGUAAUCUUCGUUCUAAGCCGAUUAUUGCACUGCUGACGAUGGAUGGAUGGACUAUGCUCUCUACAUACGUAAAUAGAGUAGUUCAUUAUUGGUAAUGUAACAAUUUUGCAUAAAUUUUUUUUUUAAGCAGAGUUUCUCUUUCGAGAAAAAUCAUAUUUGGAGAUUGCAAAAUGAAUAAUUAAUAACAAUUAAGUUUGCAUAAUUUUCUAUGACACGGUGCCAUAUAUAUAUACUAAAAGAUAAUCAAGAACAAUUAUUACGACAUAUAAAUGUAAAAAUUCUUAUAAGAAACAUUUUUCUAUUUGACAAUCUUAACACACAUGUGUUUUCAAUAUUUGUCUAAGUUAUUAUAAAUAAUAAUUUACACAAAUAAUUUUUAAAAUAUUUGUAUAAAAUAUAUUCACAUAUUGUAUAUU